UGUAGCAGCUAACGUUAGGCUAAGUUAGAGAAUUAUAGAUCUAAAAUGAAAAUGGCUAUGUGGUGUCUGUUAUUAACACGGGGCAACGUGUUUUGGACAUGCUAAAAUGAUUUUUCACCGGACUAGCCUGAAGUAAGCUAGCAGCAGAGUAACCUAAAUCAUAAUAUGUCCGAGGGCAGUUCAGUCUUUCUCCUGGUCCCAGGGCUGAAGUAAUAUGCUCCUGCUCUCAGGGCAGAGUAACCUAAAACAUAAUAUGUCCGAGGGCAGUUCAGUCUUUCUCCUGGUCCCAGGGCUGAAGUAAUAUGUUCCUGCUCUCAGGGCAGAGUAACCUAAAACAUAAUAUGUCCGAGGGCAGUUCACGCUCUCUCCUGGUCCCAGGGCUGAAGUAAUAUGCUCCUGCUCUCAGGGCAGAGUAACCUAAAUCAUAAUAUGUCUGAGGGCAGUUCAGUCUUUCUCCUGGUCCCAGGGCUGAAGUAAUAUGCUCCUGCUCUCAGGGCAGAGUAACCUAAAUCAUAAUAUGUCUGAGGGCAGUUCAGUCUUUCUCCUGGUCCCAGGGCUGAAGUAAUAUGCUCCUGCUCUCAGGGCAGAGUAACCUAAAUCAUAAUAUGUCUGAGGGCAGUUCAGUCUUUCUCCUGGUCCCAGGGCUGAAGUAAUAUGCUCCUGCUCUCAGGGCAGAGUAACCUAAAACAUAAUAUGUCCGAGGGCAGUUCACGCUCUCUCCUGGUCCCAGGGCUGAAGUAAUAUGCUCCUGCUCUCAGGGCAGAGUAACCUAAAACAUAAUAUGCCCGAGGGCAGUUCACGCUCUCUCCUGGUCCCAGGGCUGAAGUAAUAAUAAUCCUUGUCUAUAGGGCAGAGUAACCUACUUGUAAUUUCUGAGGAUUUUAACUCUUCUGACAUAUAAUGGGAUAUUUGCAUAGAUUGACAGUCCUUAUAUAUUUGACCUAGGGUGUUUGUUUAACCUUUAUUUCUUCUCAUAGUAUCUCCAAUUUUGUUGGAAUGAUGAGUGGUGAGUUUUUAUUUUAUUUUAUUAUUGUUGGUUUGUUGAUUUUGUAAAAAAAAAAAAAAAAAACUUAAUCUUAAAAGUUAAUGUGUGACAUAGACAGAUAAUGCUGCCUUUCCCUCGUACAGAAAUAGAGAAAUGGGUGAAAAAUGAGGCCCUUCCAGGGUACUUCCACCUAGGGGAUGUGGGGCAUUUUCCCUUGAGCCUUGCAAGUUUCCGUUCCCUUUAUAAUCAACACUGCAUCUCUGAUGAGAUCAUGGAUGCCAUGUUUUAUCUGAAAGGAAAGCAUGAUCAAACAUGUGUCUUGACAUCACAUGUAAUGACCAAUAUAUUGGAGGGCACAAAAAGAGCCAGGAGCACCUACUUUGUGAAGAAUAACAUUCUACACAGCAGUAGGUAUAUCAUGGGCCCCUAUUUGGAGAAUGGUAACCACUGGACCUUUGUUCAUUUUGACCUAACCUCCAAGGUCAUUACAUAUGCCAAUUCUUUGGGUGAGUCUACGGAUAAGAUGUCCGCAAUCAAAGACAAUUGGGGAAAAUUUGCAGAGGCUAGGCAGACAACUGGACCUUGGACUAUUAAGUCCUUUAAACAUGCAAAGCAAAUGGACAGCGUGUCCUGUGGUGUUUUCACCAUCAUGUUUGCAGAAUGCCACCUUAGUGUCUCCCCCUUCAGGGACUGCUGUCUUUUCACAAAAAGACAGCAAUUGACACAAGAGCUUUGGGCAGCACUAGAUCGCACCAAACGAUGUGGUUCUUGUGUUAAGCUGCUGCAUGGCAAAGGGGUUAAAUGUGGUACCUGUAGUGGGCAUUGCCACACUAUGUGCCUGCAAAAGAAGGGCCUGUGUUUUCUUUGUGCUUAUGACUCUGACGUUGUCCAGGUGGACAACACGGAAGAGGUUGUUGUCGUGGAGAAGGCUACCUACACUCAGAUGGAUGACUCUGACGUUGUCCAGGUGGACAACACGGAAGAGGUUGUUGUCGUGGAGAAGGCUACCUACACUCAGAUGGAUGACUCUGACGUUGUCCAGGUGGACAACACGGAAGAGGUUGUUGUCGUGGAGAAGGCUACCUACACUCAGAUGGAUGACUCUGACGUUGUCCAGGUGGACAACACGGAAGAGGUUGUUGUCAUGGAGAAUGCUACCUACACUCAGAUGGAAGCAGAGACCACAGAGGAAGGAGUUGCAGAUGGUGGCCUGGCACAAGAAUCAGCAGCCGCAGAGGGGGAACAAGUAUUAUUUGAAGUGGAGAGUGUUCUCAGAAUAUCUGAUGGGACCAAGGCCAAAAGAUAUACAGUGACUAGGGAGGAACUGUUUAGAAGGUGUGGGUCACCAGAGUGCUAUUCAUCCAAUGCUCUGGUGGCCUACUUAAGGAAAGGCAAGAGCCAAAAAGAGGUGCUCGUGGCCAAGUUGCACAAGUUGGAGGUCAAGCCAGGACCACGAAUCAAGUUGUCAACAAGUGUCAGCAAGUUGUGUGAAGAGGAAUGUGUGACCCUUUCAGAGGAUCUGAACUACCUGGCAGCAAAGUUCCUCCCCAUCACCAAAAUCAGCCAGACCUGUCUGGAGGAGGGUGAUGGAUUACAUGAGGCCAUUGCAAAAACUGAAAACUGCAGGAAGACACUGGGACACCUCCUGACCACCAUGGAGGCCAAUUGGCAAGAUUAUGGCCUGGCCACUCAUGGCCUUGGUCCCCAAAUGUUGAAGGGCACCUUUGCCCUGAUCGACACCUGUCUGGCCAAAAAAAUUGAAAUUUUGAAGACCCAGAAAUAAAAGACAAACAAGCCAGUCUCCAACCGGCCCAAUAACUGUACAUCAAGUGUUCAACAUGUUCAAUAAAAUCAGUUUUUUGAGUGGAGUCUG